AUGUCGUCUACCGAAGAAUACUCUCUAGAUGCAAUUUUUCCUUCCUUACCACGUACUAUUCGUGGAAUGCCACUAUCUGUUAGUGCAAGUCCAGAUGGCCAGAAAUUAAUAUACUGCAACGGGAAUUCCGUUUAUAUUCGCAAUAUGGAGAAUCUGAAGGAGUGUGAAGUUUACACUGAGCACUCUAGUCCCACCACUGUGGCCAAAUAUUCUCCAUCCGGAUUUUACAUUGCAUCAGGUGACCAGUCUGGAAAAAUACGUAUAUGGGAUUCUACGCAACCUACGCACAUUUUGAAAUCUGAGUAUCCAGUUUUGUCUGGUCCCAUUCGUGACAUUGCCUGGUCUGACGAUAGCAAAAGAAUAGCAGUAGUCGGGGAAGGACGAGAAAGAUUUGGACAUGUUUUUCUCUUUGAUACCGGGACGUCAAAUGGAAAUCUUUCUGGACAGAGUCGUACAAUGUCUACUAUUGAUUUUCGACCCACUAGACCUUAUAGGCUUGUGAGCGGUUCAGAAGAUAACACUGUGGCAAUCUUUGAAGGACCUCCGUUCAAAUUCAUGUCUCUUUUUCACGAGCAUGCACGUUUCAUUUAUUGUGUCCGUUAUAAUGCUUCCGGUACGCAAUUUGCCAGCGCAGGAGCGGAUGGGAAGGUGGUGUUAUACGAAGGAAUUAGUGGUCAAAAAGAAGGCGAAUUUGUUGAUGAUCGAUGUAAUAAAGUGGCACAUGCUGGUAGCGUUUUUGCAAUAUGUUGGUCUCCGGACGGACGGAAAAUUGCUACAGCAUCUGGAGAUAAGACCAUAAAAAUUUGGGAUGUUACGACAACGAAACUGGAAAAGACUUUUGUCAUUGGAAGUGCCGUUGAUGACCAACAACUUUGUGUAGUUUGGAGUAAAGUUUUUCUGGUUGGAGUGAGUUUAUCAGGUUUCAUAAAUAUCUUGGACUUGGAGAAUGGCUCUGUGUCAAAAGUUAUUAAAGGACAUAACAAACCAAUAACAUCUUUGACAGUGUGUUCAGAAAAACUGUCGGCCUUUACUGCAGAUUUUGAAGGAAAUAUUACGCAUUGGGGUCUCAAAUCAGGCUCUUCAGACAGAUUAGUGCCAGCUAUUCAUAAGUCGCAGGUAUCUGCAAUGAAUUUCACACCAAAAAACGAGUUAAUAUCUGUUGGUUGGGAUGACUCAAUCGCCUUUACUGUCUUGUCUGAUUCGUUCAACAACAUUCAGUCAAAUAAAAUAAAAUUGCCAUCCCAACCACGGGGACUGUCAUCAUGCUCAGAUGGUAAAGUUGUAGUUGUUGCUUGUGUAAAAUCAGUAGUGGUUUUUGUAAAUGGUAAAGAGGCUUCUUCGUUAAAUAUUAACUAUGAAGCAUCCUGUGUUUCGAUUUCUCCUGAUGCGACGUCUUUUGUUGUCGGGAGCCAGGAUGGUAAAGUAUAUGUAUAUGCUAUGAAUGACAAUAAAAUUAAAGAAAUAAAAACGAUCUCUCAUACGGGAACCGUCACAUCGCUCUCAUGGAGCCCGGAUGGUAAUUAUUUUGUCGCAACGGAUGCAAACAGAAAGGUAGUGCCUUAUUCUGUAACUGAUAAUUAUUCUGUGGUCGCAAAGAAAGAGUGGACAUUUCAUUCGGCUAGAGUGAAUUGUUCUGCCUGGUCACCAGACAGUCGUUUCAUUGCAACUGGAAGCAUUGAUACCAAUGUUAUUAUUUGGGAUGUCAAAAAUAGUGGUGAACAUCCAAUAAUUAUCCGAGGAGCGCAUGCUAUGAGCUCAAUCAAUGGAAUUGCUUGGCUAAGUAGCAAUCAAAUUAUUACAGCUGGACAAGACUCUAUUCUGAAGAUUUGGACAAUUAGCGUGUGA